AUGGGCAAACAGAAAGUGCAGAAAUUGAACAGCUGCCUGGGCCGCUGCCGCCGACGGCCGUGGAGGACGAGCCAACCCGACAGCCUGGAGGGCUGGGCGCCGCUCCGGGAGGGCCUCUUCGCCGAUCCCCAGAGGCACCGGUUGCGCUUCCGGGUGGCUUGGAACGGCGCGGAGGGCAAGUUUGCUGUGACUUGUCACGACCGCACCGCGCAGCAGCCGCAGCGGCGCGAGGGGGCGCGGCUGGGCCUGGAGCACAAGCCCGAGGCCGCCGUGUCCCCGCCCAUCUGGGCCGGCCGGCUCUCGGCCGCGGGGUUCCGCGGCGCGCGCCGGCAGCUAGCGGCGCUGUGGCCGCCUCUGGAACACUGCUUCCCACGGCUGCCGCCGGAGCUGGACGUGGGCGGCGGCGGGGCCUGAGGUGUGGGGCUCGGGCGGUGGGCGCUGCUCUGGCCGGCGCGCGCGGGUCCCGGCGAGGCGGCGCUGCAGGAGCUUUGCGGGCAGCUGGCCUACCUGGGCGCGGCGGCCCACGGCUGUGGCGGCGCCACCGUGCGCGACGCUCUCUUCGCGGCUAACGGCCGCGCGGCCGACGGCGAGAGCCCGCGCGAGUUUCGGGAGCGGGCCCUGCGCGCCUGAUGGGUCGAGGCGGACGCGCGGCUGCGUCAGGUUAUUCAAGGACACGGAAAAGCCAACACCAUGGUAGCAUUAAUGAAAGUUUACCAAGAGGAAGAUGAAGCCUACCAGGAGUUAGUUACCGUGGCAACCAUGUUUUUCCAGUACUUACUGCAGCCAUUUAGGGCUAUGCGAGAAGUUGCAACUUUAUGUAAGCUUGAUAUUUUGAAGUCCUUGGAUGAGGAUGACCUAGGUCCUAGAAGGGUAGUUGCCCUGGAGAAAGAAGCUGAAGAAUGGACCAGACGGGCUGAAGAAGCUGUCGUCUCUAUUCAAGAUAUCACAGUGAAUUAUUUUAAGGAGACAGUAAAAGCAUUAGCAGGAAUGCAGAAAGAAAUGGAACAGGAUGUGAAGAGAUUUGGCCAGGCUGCCUGGGCCACAGCAAUUCCCAGGUUGGAAAAACUUAAGCUAAUGCUAGCUCAAGAGACUCUGCAACUCAUGAGAGCGAAAGAGUUGUGUUUAAAUCACAAAAGAGCUGAAAUUCAGGGAAAGAUGGAAGAUCUUCCAGAACAAGAAAAAAAUAUAAAUGUUGUAGAUGAAUUAGAAAUACAAUUUUAUGAAAUUCAGUUACAACUAUAUGAAGUUAAAUUUGAGAUAUUAAAAAACAAAGAAAUACUGCUUACUACACAGUUGGACUCUCUUAAAAGACUUAUAAAAGAAAAACAGGAUGAAGUUGUCUAUUACGAUCCAUGUGAAAGUCCAGAGGAACUUAGUCUGACUGUGGUGGGGCUGCAGGACGAUAAGAAUUCGGAAGUGAAAGAACUCAGAAGGCAGUGCCAGCAGCUGGAGUCUAUUAAACGGGGCAGGAUCUGUGUCAAAAGAGCUUCUCUCCAGAGUAGAAAGGAUCAGUGCAAAGAAAAUCAUUGGCUCAGAUUGCAACAGGCUGAAGAAAGCAUAAGAUAUUCUCGUCAGCAUCACAGUAUUCAGAUGGCAAUUGAAAAGCUGCAGGCCGGUGCUCUUGCAACUGACGUAGUCACUGCAGCACUGGUGGAACUUGAGGUGUACACACACAGUUACGCUUCAUGGAGUUGCAUCCAGCCAAGUAUCCAUGUUCUUCUUGUGAAGAGGCAGAGAAAAUCACCUCUCCCAAGAAUUUCCACCUUCUGAACAAGGGAAAUGUAUCCUGAAGAGCCGUACAUAGAUGGGAGGCAACUUGUUUGCUUGUUCUGCUGCUGGAGCAUUGAUUUAAUUAGAAGACAGGCUGUGGGUGGCCAUGUGCACACAGAGAAGCACCAGACAGAGCCCGUUUAGCCUGGGACAGUAAGAAUCUGUUUGAGAAGAUGGUUCCUGUGUGAGUGCGGCAGUCUUUGGCUGCCUGUGAUCAGAGGAAAGCUGAUUUGUUAACAGAUCAAUUGCU